CGGCAGGCAUGGCCACGGCGGCGGUAGCAGCGGCGGCUCGUGGAGCCGGUGCAAGGGCAGUGACGGCCCUGCGGGAUGGCUGCCGGACUGCGACCCGGGGGCGGUCGCGCGCGGGCCCCGCACGGCCAUUGUGCACAGCACCUGGGACCGCCCCGGACAUGAAGCGCUACCUAUGGGAGCGCUACCGGGAGGCGAAGAGGAGCACGGAAGAACUGGUUCCUUCAAUUAUGAGCAACUUGUUAAAUCCAGAUGCCAUCUUCUCAAACAAUGAGAUGAGCCUGUCAGACAUUGAAAUCUAUGGCUUUGAUUAUGACUACACCUUGGUGUUUUAUUCAAAACACCUUCACACACUGAUAUUUAAUGCUGCUCGGGACCUUCUCAUCAAUGAACACCGGUAUCCCGUGGAAAUCAGGAAGUAUGAGUAUGACCCAGACUUUGCAAUUCGUGGACUGCAUUAUGACGUGCAGCGGGCGGUCUUGAUGAAGAUUGAUGCUUUUCAUUAUAUCCAGUUGGGAACCGUCUACAGAGGCCUCAGCGUGGUCCCCGAUGAGGAGGUCAUUGAAAUGUACGAGGGCUCCCACGUGCCUUUGGAACAGAUGAGCGACUUUUAUGGGAAGAGUUCUGGAAACACCAUGAAGCAGUUCAUGGACAUCUUCUCCCUGCCUGAGAUGACCCUGCUGUCCUGUGUGAACGAGCACUUCCUGAAGAACAACAUCGACUACGAACCGGUGCACCUGUACAAAGACGUCAAGGAUUCAAUUCGGGACGUGCACACCAAAGGGAUCAUGUACAGAGCAAUUGAAGCAGAUAUUGAAAAGUACAUCUGCUACGCUGAGCAGACCCGCGCGGUGUUGGCCAAGCUGGCUGAUCAUGGCAAGAAGAUGUUUCUUAUCACCAACAGCCCCAGUAGCUUUGUGGACAAAGGGAUGAGGUAUAUUGUUGGAAAAGACUGGAGGGACCUGUUUGAUGUGGUCAUCGUUCAGGCUGAGAAGCCAAACUUCUUUAAUGAUAAGCGGAGACCUUUCCGAAAGGUGAAUGAGAAAGGUGUCUUACUCUGGGAUAAAAUCUACAAGCUGCAGAAAGGCCAGAUUUACAAGCAGGGCAAUUUGUAUGAAUUUUUGAAGCUUACUGGAUGGAGGGGCUCCAAAGUGUUGUAUUUUGGUGACCAUAUAUAUAGUGACCUGGCGGACUUGACCCUGAAGCAUGGCUGGCGAACGGGUGCAAUUAUCCCAGAAUUAAGAUCCGAGCUCAAAAUCAUGAACACGGAGCAGUACAUUCAAACUAUGACCUGGCUACAGACACUGACCGGGUUAUUGGAGCAGAUGCAGGUUCACAGAGAUGCGGAGUCACAGCUGGUUUUGCAGGAGUGGAAGAAGGAGAGGAAGGAGAUGAGGGAAAUGACCAAAGGUUUCUUCAAUGCCCAGUUCGGGAGCUUGUUCCGCACAGACCAGAACCCCACGUACUUCCUGCGGCGCCUGUCGCGCUUCGCCGACAUCUACAUGGCGUCCCUGAGCUGCCUGCUGAACUACGACGUCAGCCACACCUUCUACCCCCGGCGGACCCCGCUGCAGCACGAGCUGCCCGCCUGGUCCGACCGGCCCCCGGCCGCCCGGCUGCCGCUGCUGCAGGAGGCCCAGGCUAAGUAACUGGCGGCCCCCCGCCCCCGGGCACCGAAAGCCAGCACCGGUGAUGGCCCCACGCUGGGCAGACUCUGCGGGGAUGUGAGCAUCGCUUUUGGAAAUGAUACAGAUAGUCUUAGUGACACCUGUUUUGUACAUUACGGAGGACACCCCCCAGCUCGUGCAGAAGGGAGCUCACAGCUCGCAGAGCCUGCCCUCCUGUGCACGUGGGGCGGGGGGACAGCGGUUGGCCUCCUGUCGACACCCUGUGAUCAGCCUUCUUGUUUCCCAAGGUACUGUAUCCAGCAUCAGACUUCCUGGGAUGGGGAGUCUUCUUGAUGCCUGCUCUGUAUUCCAGCAGGUGACGUUUUGAAACUCGUAACUCUUCUGUGAAAAGUGCGUGGAAAAUGCUGAACACACACAGACAGUGUCGGACUGGUGACGAGGGUCCACGAUGAGCUGCUGGUGCUUCAGUGGGCGCUUGGAUAGCGACCACGGUGUCGGCGGCAGGGAUGGACCCCAGUCGGCCGCUGGUUCCCAGGCAUCUGGAACUAGGGCUCUGGCACACUGGUGCCUCACUUGACAGCAGACUCAGCCUCCCUGGAGGUCUUAUGUGAGAAAGAACAGGAGAAGCUGCCAGUCCUCGGCCUUGAUUGUCCUCAAUAUCCCUUUCCUGUGUCUUGCCCCACACGGAGGAAGGACCAUGGUGCCCCAAGUGGUGGGCAGGUUCACUCUUUUCCCUCCGAAAAGGAGGACAAGGAGAGAGAAGCUUCUGGUUUAAUGUCCUGCCAGCAGAACAGACUGUAGAAUGAGGCUGCUACAUGCGAACGCACGGGAGGAAUCAGUGCGUUUGUGGUGGGUAUCCCAGGGCUUUAUAACCCCUGACGCCACCACACAUGUGUGUUGCUUGAACCUGCUCAUCAGAGGAUGGAAAGUGAAAUGAAUAAAAUGUCCUCAUAAUUUAGUGCUGUAUGGUGACACCCCCGCGCCCCCCCCUCCCCCAGGUGUUUUGCAAUCUUGUUAAACUGUGUGUUACCAGAAACCGUCCUCGUUGGAGGGCAGUGAGCAGAUGCUUUCUCUCCUGAUUCAUCAGCCGAGGAGAGGGGCGUGAAUCCGGCCGGAGCGAGGGAGGUGGCCCUCUCUGCUCGGCCGUCUCCUGCCUGCUGCCUUUAGACUGCUUUCCUGCCAUGCUUACGUGUCUGCUUUGGGGAUUUCUUUAGUGUCUGCGUUUAAGGUGGGAGAGGAUCAAGGACAUUGAGGCUGAGCGAAACAGUUGGAAAUAGCCUCACUGAGUGAGUGUUCCCAUUUCUUUCUGAGGACAAGGCAAGUGACACCUAUCCUUAAGCCUGAAGGAUGCAGGUGGCGGAGGAAAGGGGCUUGAGGACAGACUGCUCGCUUAUUUGGCAUUUUUAAUGGAUUCGUGUGGAGCCAGCUGUUGAGGAGAUGUGAGCUUGGCCUGUCACAGGCUGCCUGCACGCGUGCAGAAAUUAGGUGACUUCUAUAGCAUGUUGUAUAAUGCUGCGUGUUUUAAUGGGACUGUUGUUGUUUAGUCGACUCUUGGUGACCCCAUGAACUGUAGCCCGCCAGGCUCCUCUGUCCAUGGGAUUUCUCAACCAAGAAUACAGGAGUGGGUUGUGAUUUCCUUCUCCAGGGGAUCUACCUGACCCGGCGGUCGAACACACAUCUCCUGCAUUGGCAGGUGGAUUCUUUACAGACUGAGCCACCCGGUGUACCUGUGAUCUUGUCUUGUAUUUAACUAAAAUAGUGAAGGUGACUGUCUAGACCUAAUAGGCCCAGUUGGCCUUCUUUUUCCCCUUUGUUACAAACACAGGUGUCCAUCCCUUUUUCAGGCUGCAGGAGGCACUUUGCUGGCUGUUUGUUACUGCCUGGGGGUUUUAAGCAUCAGAGUGCAUUGGAGACUGGCAUUUCAGGGGUGCAGGUGGUGCCCACAACUGCUCAGUGUUGGGGUCCUCAGAGGAUAUGCUGGUGCUCUGGGCUGAUAGUUUCUGCUUUGGAGAAGCUGGUGAGGAAGUAGGUAUUUUAAAACUUUUUCUAAUCAGGUAUUCAUUGGAUAUCUCCUCCGUGCCAGUGAUAGGGUGUUUUGUUUACUCAAGAAAGUCGUUACUCAAAAACAUCUCAGUACAGCUGUUUUUACUGCUUUCAUGUAUGUCUGGGUUAGGAGUCCCAAGCCUGGGGCGAGAAAUACAUUUUCUAGGUGUGUGAAUAAGGAAUUUUAAUGACUUAUCACCAAUUAAGGUUGAGCAAGCUCCAGAAGAUGGUGAAGAAUAGGGAAGUCUGCUGUGCUGCAGUCCAUGGGGUCGCAAAGAGUCAGACACGACUGAGCAACUGAACGACGGUGGCCGUGGCACAUGGCAGUGUUGAGGUCUGUCUGGGGCCAGCGCAUAGUCAGGGUCAGGGCGGCUCUCUCCAUGUGCAGGACGGAGGGCUUCGCUUUGUCUGUGCUUGGUCGUUUUAACUUGUUACUGUCGUGAUACUCAGCUGGGAUUCAGCACCCUGUACAGCUUUCUUUUCCUCCUGGCUUAUCCCCUGGCAAGCCCGCUGAUGAAUGCAUUUGGGUGCAAGGGAAGGGAGUCUAUUUUCUACCACUUAAAAGAUCAGUUUGGAAAGUGAUCAGAAUGAGCUCACUUGAAAAUUAGCUUGCACAUUGAAAAAUAUUUUCCCUUUUUAGCAUCAGUUAGACUGAUUUUCUCCGAAGGAUAUGAACAAAAAUACAUAGUCCAGGGGCUGUCUGUGUCCCUAAGGCUCACCAUAGCUAUAGCCGGUUGCCCUGGAAGGGACCUGCACAACUGGUUUUUCCAGAAUCACUUUUUAAAGUAGAUGAAACCUGGCUUUUAAUAUAUUUUAGGAGUUUGGCUUAAAGCUCCCACUUUCCUCCUAACAUAGCCUUAAAAAAAAUUUUUUUUUCUUUUAAAAAUUCCCUUCAGCUCCACUAAUGCCAGCUAACACAAACCACCUGUUACUGAUUAAGGCCCAUCUAUGACUAAAUUCCUAGUUGCUUUGAAUGCAUUGGUCCUCUUAAUUAGUGCCAAAGAGAAAUACAGAGUCCUUUUUCCUGCUAGCUAAUUUAGCUUUGGGUGAACUAAAUAGCUUCCCCCACCCCUUUCCCUCCCCAGAGGCCUCUAAAGCAGCAGAGAGUGCGCUAAACGCUGAAAUUGGAUCCACUCUGCCAAACGCUCAUCUGUUGCCAAAAACCCACUUGGGGGCCCUGGUCUGCAGUGUGCUCUCCCACUCAGUCCGGCCAGAGGCAGGGAGGGUUCCUUGAUUGCUCUAUUCGACUCCCAGGGAGCCUGUGAUGUGCUGGCUUAGUACUGGUUUCCUUUUGUAUCAGUUUCCUUUCUUUCUCUGUUAGCAUCUGGGAGCGAGGCUCCAAGUCUAGCUUAAGUGAAAAGUGAAGUCGCUCAGUCAUGUCCGACUCUCUAUGACCCCAUGGACUGUAGCCCACCAGGCUUCUCUGUCCAUGGAAUUUUCCAGGCAAGAGUACUGGAGUAUCCGACUCUUUGUGACCCCCAUGGACUGUAGCCCACCAGGCUCCUCUCUCCAUGGAAUUUUCCAGGCAAGAGUACUGGAAUGUCCGACUCUUUGUGACCCCCAUGGACUGUAGCCCACCAGGCUCCUCUCUCCAUGGAAUUUUCCAGGCAAGAAUACUGUAGUGGGUUGCCAUUUCCUUCUCCAGGGGAUCUUCCCGACCCAGGGAUCGAACCGGGGUCCUCCCGCACUGCAGGCAGAUGCUUCACCAUCUGAGCCACCAGGGAAGCCCCCAAGUUUAGCUUAGCUUAGUUUAGUUUAGCUUACCUUUAAUACCCUGGUGGAUUGAGGAAGGAAAAGGGAGUGAAGUUUCCCUAAUGCAAGGCUCAGCACACUUUCCCUGUCAAGGACCAGACAGUAAAGACUUCCAGCUUUGCGGGCUGUUUCCUGCAGCCCCUCCUGUAGGACUGGGCCUGCCUGUGGUCCAGGACAGCCUGGCCUCUGAAAACAGGCUGCAAGCUGGAUUUGGCCCUCGGGCUGUGGUUUGCCGACCCCUGCAUUGACAGAUUAUGUGGGUGGCCAUGAUGAGAUGAUGACUUUGCUGAAAGUGUGCAGGGUGGUAAGCAACCACAGAUACACAGUUGUGUGCAGCCAGUGGAAAGAAGUUCGGUAGGUAAGCUUGCAUCUUCCCCUACGAGCUUCUCUCUGGACAUAUUCACUUAUGUGGCCAGUGGUAAAAUACUGUGUUUCGAGCACAUGGCAUGACUGUCAGUUGUGUGACCGAGUGGCCAGGCUCGGCACUCGUUGAAUAUACCUCUCGUUGUGCUCAUCUGUGGUUGUGCUCGUAGCGUGUGAUGGGCCUGGCUACCCUGAAGACCCCGAAGGACUUUAUCCCCCAUCUGCUGUGGGGGUUGGUUGCUGCUGGGUCACCGUAGCUGCUGGCUCAGUCUGCAGCUGUGGGUCCUCUUUGGGAGCUUCCCCCGUUGAAGAGUCUUCCUUCGGAUGAGGGUGUGGUCAGAUUCCCUCCCUGGAGCAACUCUGAAGGCCCAUCGGCUCCUUCCUGCCCCCCUCCCUUUCCCAGGUGCAUCCCAAGGACAGUUCCCUGUAAACUUCCCGCAUGAGACUCCCCACGUCAUGCCUGCUCUCUGGAACCGACCCACAACACUGCUCUGUACUUUUCUACACUGCAGCCUUGAACUCUGACUUAGGACACUGUUUUCUAAUUAUUUAGUAGAAGGACAGAUGGUGCCUGUUUAAUUUCAGGCAGGGUAAAUGCAAAUUAGGUAGACUUGCUAUUUAUCCUGAAUGUGAAUUUGCUAUUUAUUCUAAAUAUUGAUUUUAUGUUACAUGACGUCGAACUUACUGCCAAAUAAAAGUUUGAAUUGUAUUGUCCGGUUUACCCUCA